AUGUUCUAUAAUUUCGUCAAAUUGAUAGAAGUUCUGGCAAUUUUAGGAAUAUCUGCCUUGGAGUGAAGAGAGGACGUUACACAAGUUUCUCCGAUGUAUAUUGCUACAUGAACGGUAGACAACGCCACACUUCACUGGAAGAGUGAUAUUAUAAUAGAGCUAGCAUCAAAGACUCCAAAAGUUCCUGUCUUACUUAUGGCAAAAAAAUCUAUAAAUCCAAGCUUUAGUUUCAAUAUAACAAGUGGCACCUAUGAUCAUGAUGCAGACUACUAUGAUUUUGAUGCAUGAAGUAAAAAUGAGACUUCAAGCUGAAUAGUGAUUCCUAAGAGCUUGCUAAAAGAAGGAGAUGCCUAUAAAAUUGGAGUCUAUUCAGAGUAUAUGGGAGUUUCAUAUAUACUCAAUGAUAGACAAAAAAAUGAUACUGUUAAUUGCUAUCAAAAUUGUUCUCUAGAUAGUAAGUGUAAAAAGGGGAACUGUGUUUGUCCAUAUAGGGGACAUUUAGGAAGGCUGUGUGAUACCCCUAUGAACCAAGCAAAGAAUGCGAAAAAUCAAACAGUUUCUCUCGAAUCUGAUCAAUGGCAAUUCUUUUAUUACGACCCUUUAGGAAAAGAUUACACAAUAAAAGUGGUCAAAAACAUUGGGGAGCCAGAGUUAUAUUUUAAAAAUUUAACUCAAGAGGAAGACAUAAAAGGAUUUUUACCAGGAGCAUUUGCACAGACUUUCAAUAUGAGCUUUGGAGAAAAUGAUACUAUCACCCGUGAAAUUAAAAAUGAUUUAAAUUAUUGAAUAUACGCAGUCCAUUGUCCAAAAACUGAUGAAAAUUGUACAUUCAGUAUAAAGAUUAAUAAAGAUUCUUCAGAUAGCUCUGGCUUAAUAGAAACAUGACUUGUUCCACUUUGUGUCUGUGUUGGUCUUCCAUUCCUGGGCAUGGCUUUUUGUGUAUGCAGGAAAGGCUGCCAAAGAGUUGAAGAAGAAAAAGAAGCUAGAGUAGUUAGAGAAAAGGAAAAGUGCUUAACCAGUGAUGAAAUGGAUGAUUACUUCCCUGAAAUGCAAUGGGACGUUUUUGGAAAAGAGUUUUGCGCUUGCUCUUUUUGUUCCAAAGCAUUUGAAAACUGAGAAAAGGCAAGAAUGUUAAAUUGCAAGCAUAUUUUUCAUUUAAAAUGCAUUGAUAGAUGGAGCAAGAUAAAUGGCUUCUGCCCAGUAUGCAAACAGAAGCUAAUCGAAGAUAAAGAUCAAAGUGUUGAAGACUCAACACCUUCAAGAGGUUCCUCUGAUAAAAAGAAUAGCGAUAAAAAUAAUCAGAGUGAGAUUGAUAACAAGCCAAUAGACCAGAAAGAUAUUUAAAUUAAUUAAUCUGAGGCAUAUCUCUUCUAUAUGAAUGAUCGUCUUUAAUUAAAAUUGAGCAUUUUUCCAAAUAUAUAAAUAUUUGGCACUAGUAUACGGCCUAUACUCGUGGCCAUCUUCGUAAUUCCAGAAUUGGGAAAAUACGAAGCUGGCCACUAUACAUUUUCGAUAUAAAUAUAUAAUUCAAUGCUUAAAAUAUUCCUAGAUAUCUUAAAUACUUUUAUAUAUGAACCACAGAAAGAAAUUAUCAUUUCAGAAAAACAAGUAAAAGACAAGAAAACUGAUGAAGAGAAAGAUCAAGAAAAUAAAGUAAAGCAAAUUAAGGGAGAAUCUGAAAAUCCAAUAUACAAUUCAAAUGAAAUUAGCGAGCAAGAGAAAAAAAAGUCAAUAGAGAUUGAUGAGAAAGCUAAUAACGAAAAAAGCGAUGCAGCCAUCAAUAAGCGGAUACCAAUAUUUAAAAGCAAGGAAGAGGAAAGCAACGAGGUAAAAGAAUCAGAAUCAGAAUCAGAACAAGAAUCAGGAAAGAAUCAGAACAAGAUAUAG